AUGGAAAUGAGCAAGCUGUCAGGGGCUGAGCAGAGUGGGGCCUCCAAACCCCAACUCCAAGAGGAGAUCCCCAAGGAUGCUGAGGCCACCCUGGUCCUCGUGGGCUGUGCAGCCUUCCUGGAGCAGCCAACGCUGGCCUUCGUGCGCCUGAAGGACGCGGUGACACUGGACGAUGUCCUGGACAUGCCCCUCCCCGUCCGCUUCCUCUUCGUGGCUGUCAUCUUCAUCUACUUCGCGGCGCUGUCACCUGCYGUCACCUUCGGAGGCUUGCUGGGUGAGAAGACCAAGGGCAUGAUGGGGGUGUCGGAGCUGCUCAUCUCCACCUGCGUGCAGUGUGUGCUCUUCAGCCUCCUCGGUGCCCAGCCCCUCCUUGUCAUUGGAUUCUCAGGACCCCUCCUCGUCUUCGAGGAAGCCUUCUAUGGGUUCUGCAGCAGCAAUGGCUUGGAAUACAUCGUGGGCCGGGUCUGGAUUGGCUUCUGGAUGAUCCUGCUGGUGCUGGUGGUGGUGGCCUUCGAGGGCAGUUUCCUGGUGCGCUUCCUGUCCCGCUACACCCAGGAGAUCUUCUCCUUCCUCAUCUCCCUCAUUUUCAUCUUUGAGACCUUCUCCAAGCUGGUCACGAUUUUCAAGCAACACCCUCUGAAGCGGGACUACAACGUGAAGGAUGACUUUGACCCCUCGGAGCCGGAGCCCAACACGGCCCUGCUGUCCCUCAUCCUCAUGGCUGGCACCUUCUUCCUGGCCUUCUUCCUCCGCAAGUUCAAGAACAGCGCCUUCCUGCCGGGCAAGGUCCGGCGCUUGAUCGGGGACUUUGGGGUGCCCAUUUCCAUCUUCAUCAUGGCCCUGGCCGACUUCUUCAUCAAGGACACGUACACACAGAAACUGAGCGUCCCUAAAGGGCUGGAGGUCACCAACUCGACCGCCCGGGGCUGGUUCAUCAACCCCAUGGGGCUGCACGAAAAAUUCCCCAUCUGGAUGAUGUUCGCCUCCGUGGUGCCCGCCCUCCUGGUCUUCAUCCUCAUCUUCCUCGAGACGCAGAUCACCACCCUCAUCGUCAGCAAGCCCGAGAGGAAGCUGGUGAAGGGCAGUGGCUUCCACCUGGACCUGCUGCUGAUCGUGGCCAUGGGGGGGCUGGCGGCCCUUUUCGGGAUGCCCUGGCUCAGUGCCACCACCGUGCGCACCAUCACCCACGCCAACGCCCUCACCGUCAUGAGCAAGGCCUCCUCUCCCGGAGAGAAAUCCCAGAUCCUGGAGGUCAAGGAGCAGCGCAUCAGCAGCUUGCUGGUGGCCGUGCUCAUCGGCGUCUCCAUCCUCAUGGAGCCCAUCCUGAAGUACAUCCCGCUGGCCGUGCUCUUUGGCAUCUUCCUCUACAUGGGGGUCACCUCCCUCUUUGGCAUCCAGCUCUUCGACCGCAUCCUGCUCCUGCUGAUGCCCCCCAAGUACCACCCUGACGAGCCCUAUGUCACCAGGGUGAAGACUUGGCGGAUGCACCUCUUCACCUUCACCCAGAUCAUCGUCCUUGUGCUGCUGUGGGUGGUGAAGUCCACCCCGGCCUCGCUGGCGCUGCCCUUCGUCCUCAUCCUCACCGUGCCCCUGCGGCGCUUCCUGCUCCCCAGGAUCUUCCAGGACAUCGAGCUCAAAUGUCUGGACGCCGAUGACGCCGUGGUGACCUUCGAGGAGGAGGAGGGGACAGACGUGUACAACGAGGUGCAGAUGCCCAGUUAA